CUCUUCAUUGGGUUGGGUCUAAUUGUGUUACUGUCUCUCUCUCACUCUCUCUCUCUCUCUGCAGAGUGUGUUGGGUGUAUGUCUGGUGUUGUCCAGGUAACAUGGCUCUGGUUCAGACCCUGCCUGUGUCUGUGACUGACCACCCCAAGCCUCCCACCAGCCUCCAUAUCGUCACCCUCUCCCCUGUCGUCGGAGGGCCCUGUGGCCCCUUUGUCCCCGGAGCCACCAUGGGCUCCGUCAGCAGCCUCAUCUCUGGCCGGACCCAUCAGGAGCAGCGACACUGCCGGGCUGCCAGAGAGUUCAGCACUAAGCCACGCCGUAACACCCCAACCACCAAUUGUUUCAGGCUCCAGGGUGAUAGCCACACCCUGCGCAGCGGGAGCUCCCUGGAACAACUACUGGUCAUCAACAACCAGACCCAGCUCCAGCCCACCAAGCUCCAGCCGCCGCCACUGCCCACCAAGAAGCAGCCCCGAGCGGGUAACUCUGCUGGCGGAGCUGGGUGUGUGGCUGGAGGUGGUGGUGGUAGUGGAGGGAAUGGGAACUAUGGGUUUGUGAGUGAGGAGGUAGUGACUGUAGGAGACCAGAAUGAUAACCAUGUGGUGACGGUGGGGAGUCCGUGUAGCGACUUGGAGGAGCAGAGGGAUAACCGAGGUCUCAACGGGAAUAUCGGCGGUCCUCCGCCCAAACUCAUCCCUGUGUCGGGAAAACUGGAGAAGAACAUGGAGAAGAUUCUGAUCCGUCCCACCGCGUUCAAACCGGUGGUCCCGAAGAACCGCCACUCAGUGCAGUACCUCUCCCCGAGACCAGGGGGCAACCUCUCUGAGAGCCAAGGCACCCUCAACCUCCUCCUGCCCCUGUCUAUCAACGGGAAUAACGGAAAUACAGUGGUCAAUAACGUGAAUACCGUGUUCAAUAAUGUGGUCAAUGGCACGGGGAGCUACGGGAACGUUGUACCUCUGGUCGGCUCGUCCUCUUCCUCAGAUAGCAAGAGGAACUCAUACAGCGGAGGACGCAACGCUCGCAGCAGCCAUUCCUGCUCCAUGUCAGACUCUGGCCGUAACUCCCUGUCCAGCCUGCCCACCCACAGCAGCCUGGCCAAUAGCGAGGCCUCCGGGUCGGGUUCAGGGUCUGUGGGGUCCGGGGUGGGCCCGGAGCCUGGGAGAACCACCACCACAAACGGAGGUUCGGGGAUAAACGGAGGUCACGCCCACUCUACCUCCCACGGUCACUCAAACUCGGACAGCGGGCGGUCGUCGUCCAGUAAGAGCACAGGGUCGCUGAGUGGGCGAGGCCAGCCCCUGUCGGACAGCGGGUCGUGUGGGCGCUCGCCCCCGACCUUGGAGGGUUACGAGGGGGUGGUUAGGGAGCUGGAGGAGAAGUUGAGGGAGAGAGACCUGGAGCUGCAGCAACUCAGAGAGAACCUGGACGAGAACGAGGCCGCCAUCUGUCAGGUAUACGAGAAGAAGCAGCUUCGCUGUGAGAGAGAGCUGGAAGAGCUGAGACAGAGCUGUUCCUCUAAGAUGAAACAGGCUUCACAGAAGGCCCAGAGAGUACAACAGGCCUUACAGCUACAGGUGUUCCAACUGCAGCAAGAGAAGAAGAAGCUUCAGGAGGACUUCUCCUCUCUGCUGCAGAACAGGGAAGAGCUGGAGAGGAGGUGUGCCUCUAUACAGAGAGAGCAGACCCAGCUGGGACCACGCCUAGAAGAGACCAAGUGGGAGGUGUGUCAGAAAUCAGGUGAGAUCUCCCUUUUGAAACAGCAACUGAAGGAGAGCCAGUCAGAGCUGAGCCAGAAGGGCGGGGAGCUGGUGGUCCUGAAGUCCCAGUUGAGAGAGGUCAGGUCCGAUCUCCAGAACAGCCAGGCUACGACCCAGGAGGCUGGGUCGGCCCUACGAACACGCUCCCUGGAGCUGGAGGUCUGCGAGAAUGAGCUCCAGCGCAGGAAGAGCGAAGCCGAGCUGCUCCGCGAGAAAGUCGGACGCUUGGACGAAGAGUUGGCCCGCCUCCGAGAUACCCUGGCCAAUCAGGAAGGAGGUUAUCUUCCUGGAGGCCAGGCACUAGCCACUAAGGGCCAAUGUAUGAGCCUGCCCCUCCCCCAGGGGCGUGGGGGUGUGGGGGGUGGAAGGGAGGGCCUCAGCCCCUCUGUGGGGUACCGAGAUGCGGAGGAGGGGAGGCUGGGUUGGGGAGGGGAGAGUGAUGAGACCAAGGCUCAGAGGCAGAGUGCUGAAGCUGUGCUGGGACUCAGGCAACAGGUGGAGAGGCUGAGGGCAGAGCUGAUGUACGAGAGGAGGAGCAGUGAGGAGCAGCUGGGCGGAUUUGAGGAGGAGAGGAGGGUCUGGCAGCAGGAAAAGGAAAAGGUGAUCCGCUACCAGAAGCAGCUGCAGCAGAACUACAUCCAGAUGUACAGGAGGAACAGAGAUCUGGAGAGAGUGAUGAGAGAGCUCAGUCUAGAGCUGGAGAACAGAGAUGUAGAGGACUACGACAUCCACAGCGGCAGCAACGACAUCCACUUCGAGGAGAUCGCCGCUACUGAGAUCUAGAGGGACCAUACAAGGGUGUCCUCUUGCCCCAGUGAGAUUUAGAGACCAGACAGGGGCGUUGUCUAACCCCAGUGAGAUUUAGAGACCAGACAGGGCGUAGUCUAACCCCAGUGAGAUUUAGAGACCAGACAGGGCGUAGUCUAACCCCAGUGAGAUUUAGAGACCAGACAGGGCGUUGUCUAACCCCAGUGAGAUUUAGAGACCAGACAGGGCGUUGUCUAACCCCAGUGUCCUCUCGCUCCCAUGACAAUUAGUACCAGCACCCUGAUUUGAUCUGAUUUCCCCAUCACUGCUACUGAGAGGUCUGCGUCCAAAAUGGAACCCUAUUCGCUAUGUAGUGCACUUAUUUUGGAUAGAGAACAGGUUACCGUUUUAAAUUUGCAUCCAGACUACAGAGGGUGUACCUGGACUUACUCCCCUAACCACAGUACCAGCACUCUUUACUUCUCUACACUCUUGGGAAAGAAUGUGCUAUCUAGAACCUAAACGGGUUCUUUGUCUGUUCCCAUAGGAUAACCCUUUGAAUAACUAGUUUUGGUUCCAGAUAGAACCCUUUUGGUUCCAGGCAGAACCUCAAACCAAAAAGGGUUCCCCCAUUGGGACAGCCGAAGUAUACUUUUGGAACCCUUUUUUCUAAGUGUGUAUGCUGGCAUGGACAUUAAGGGAGCAUCUCUGUCUCAGGGUUGAUUUACUGUACUAGACACUGGGAUGCACCCUCCUCUAGGCCCUCACAGGAACAGCUGACUACCUGCAGUCAGAAAGGACUCCAUCACUUCGUCAUUCGGACUUGAAAGAAGUUUAGGGUGUAUCUCAACAGUUUAAAGUGGCUUCCUUUCCAGAUUGAGAUUCACCCUCAGACCAACACAUCCUCAUUGCCUUCUCACAUGGGUUUGAUUUCCCAGCUAUAGUACCAGCACUCUAUGGGACGUAUACUAUGACUUUUGACUUGAGAAACAAGCAGGCAUCACUCAAACCUUGCUCAAAUCAGGGUAUUGAAAGCAAUGGGAGUCGCAGAAAAAGGGCACAGAUCUCAGAUCAAGUGAAAUCAUAUCUGUAUAUAGCACACAGGGGUGACUAUCUGACGACCAGCACAUAAUGAUGACAUCACAAUAAAGAUGACAUCACCCCUCGACUGUGUUUACGUUUGUCCACAGGACUCAGAGCAAAAGUCCCACUUUUACAAUGUCUUCUCAUGUUACAUAUACACUAUUCAAUGGAUCAUCAACUGAUCUAGACGUAGCAAUUUUAAGCUACAGCCUGGUCUUUUCUGAGUUACAGAAACACUGGAGUAUUUUAAUGGAAUGUAUAAGGACUCUUUGCACAUAGUAGGUGUCAACCAUUCAGUUAUCAACACCGGCUAAGACACAAACUAGGCUACACCAAGAGAAUACCUGGGAUCAUUGUGCACAAAAACUCAUAAUGCUCUUUUCAGUUCUGGACGUGACUGUUCUGUCUUUCUCAUGUAGUUGACCUCUUUGUAUGGACACAGAAGAGAUAGAAGCAUGUAGCAAUAAGAGAGAGUGCAGCUUGGGAGAUCUCGCUCUCAUAUCAAAGGAAGAAACAAAUCUCUCUCUCUUUCCUGUUAACUAGCACAGAUUUUCAUAUCAAAGGAAAAAACAAACAUUUAUUGGUUAAAACUAAAGCUGCCCGUCAAAGAUAUUGAUGCUGCAUCGGCUGCUGGGACUGUUAUGGAGCCUUCUUGGAUCCGUGAGGUCAGGGGUCGUGGAUCAGGAAGCCUUUGGUGGCACUUUCCCUGAUGGUAUCACAGUGAAAGCAACAAAACAUCAAUGCCAAACUGUACUGUAGACCUCCCUCCCUUGUCCUCUCUCACUGUCACACACUCUGGACUGUGAAUACUCUUCCGAGUAUUACUAGACCCCCCCCUCUCCCUCCCUCACUCAAAAAAAACAAAUAACACUUCCUAGUCUUCCUGUCCAUGACUGUGAGACUCCCUCACUGACAUGUAGAUAAUGUGGGUGGCAUGAUUGCAUGUCUUUCCCUGUCUGUCAGAGUCGGUCCAGAUAAUGUAGGGGUUUGUGCUGGACAUUGCAUGAUAGAGUAGCCUAAGGCAUGACACCCCGGUCAUUAUGGAACUGUUACACUGGUUAUGUUAUUGCCUUGGGAGCUCCAAGGGGGAUGGGACUGAAAUCUCUGGUCAACAUAUUGGCAGCCACUGGGAACCAUAGAAAUAUACUUACUAUAAUGUAAUUCUAUGUCUAUGCUGGGAACCAUGAAUUAAUAAGGUGGUCUUCAGUUGUGCUUUCUCAUAAGAAUGGAUUCAACUAGAGGUGUGAUCUUUUGUAUUACAGAGUAAAACAAAGUAUAUAAAAAAAAUUCUUAACAGAUAAAAUAAAAAUCAAUAUGAUCUAUGAUGAUGAUGUGUAUAUUUUUUAUAUAGCGCCUGAAGAUAUUUUGUGGUAAAACCGGUACCAUUGUGGGUUUAAUAUACAAAGUAUAAUAAAGAUUUUUAUAUAUCUUUGCAGGACCACACAUAUCCCAAUGAGAUGAUCAAUAAGAAUUGGAAAAUGUCUAGAAAGAGUGGAGUGAUCUAUUGCAUGCAUUAAAAAUCAUUUUUUACAUCAUAUUUUACAAACUCAAUAAUUUUUUGUUGACCAAGCUGCAUUUUGAUUCAACUUACUGUAAUAUAAACGCAACAUGCA